AUAGUAGAAAUAUAUAAUCGGCGGGUCUCGCGAUUGCCGGUGAAGAUCAAUCGAAAUCUAGGGUUACAACGAUGAUGACGGAGACUGAAACAAUCGCCGCCGCGAUUGAUCAAAUCGACGAGAAGAAGCAAAACCUGAAGAAAGCCUUCGACGAUCUUCAAUCACACCGCUCUCUCCUCUCACCGUCUUUCUCUCUCUCCUGGUCCGACAUCGACUCCCACUUCUCCUCUCUCCAAUCCUCCCUCUCUAACCGUCUCCGCCUCCUCCAAUCCGAACCUCCUCUACCGAACGAUUCUCCUAGAAUCGAAACCGACGACGCAGAGGCGACGGUGGUUAUUCGCCCCGAGCUGAGAGCCUUAUGCGAGAAAAUGGACUCGAUCGGUCUAAGCAAGUAUCUGGCCGAUCACUGGGACGACGACGCGAUGCCUAAUCAAGAUCUCUCCGCGGCGUUUCGUUACUCUCCAGAUCCGGCGUCGAUGGUGCUCAACGCAGUCUACGGCUCGAGCAAAGCCCCGACGUCGGGGAAAACUAUCGAUGUAAGGAGGGUUGUCGUUUUGUUGAUGGAAGCUUUGAUUGAUCUCGAUGAUGCGAAGAUCACUCCCGAUACCAAAGAGAAGGCCAAGAAGCUUGCUGAGGAUUGGAAGACGAAGAUAGGUAACAAGCCUUUCGAGGCGUUGUUGUUUCUUCAUUUAAUCGCAGCGUUUGGAUUAGGAUCCGAGUUCAACCCUGAGGAGCUUUCACGUUACUUGGUAAUGAUUGCUAAGUAUAAGCAAGCGACAUUGGUGUGUAACAAGAUUGGUUUAGAUAAAGAAAGAGUCGGGGAGGUUAUAACGAAGCUUUUGAGCACUGGGAAACCGAUCUUGGCGGUGAGGUUUAUGUACGAGUGCGGGAGGACCGAUGGGUUUGAGCCGGUCUCUGUGUUGAAAGGUUACGUCAAGGAGGCGAGAGAAGCGGCCGAGAGAGUUCGUAAGGAAGAUAACUACUCUCUCAAGUCACAGAACGAAGCUACUGAUAAAGAAGUUAGUGCCUUGAAAGCAGUGAUCAAGAUCAUCAAAGAUCAAGGCCUUGAAGCGGAGUUCUCUGAGGAGAGAGUGGAGGAGCGUGUGGAGGAGCUGGAGAAACACAAGGCGCAGAGGAAACGCAACGUGGAGCAGCAGCAGCAGCCACAGACGAAGGGGAGAAAGCGGCCUCGUGAUCGCAGAGGUACACAACAACAAGCUCCAGCUCCGAGUCAGCAGCCUUCAAGACCAGAACAUAGUCAUCAUCAUGGCUUACAGUUGAACCCUUUUGGUGUUGUGAACCCAGCACGCGGUGGUGUUCUUGGCCCUUACAUGAUGAACCCAUUAGCUGCUGGGCUUUAUGGUUCUGCUGCUCCUCCUCAACCUGUUUACUAUGGUCAGCAACCUGGAUUCGUGAUGCCGCCGUUUCACCCAGCUUAUUAUUCUCAGUAGCAGAGCAUUGCUAAUACUAAGAUCUUGUCUCCUGCAAUUAAAAUAUCUUUGUAGUGAAUGUCUGAGGAAGGAACUUGCGGUCUUGACUCUCCAUUUCUCUUUUAUGUAAAUGAAAAAGUAAGCAGCUUUGUGAUGGAGUUGAGCUUUUAUCAAAAUGUCUUGUUGAAGAGUUUAAUUCUUGAAAAUAAUAAUAUUGUUUUGACUGUA